AUGAGAGACUCUACAGGGGCAGGUAAUUCACUGGUCCACAAGCGGUCUCCUUUACGUCGAAACCAAAAGACCCCAACAUCCUUGACCAAGCUGUCUUUACAGGAUGGAUAUAAAGUCAAAAAGCCAGCAUGUAAAUUUGAAGAGGGUCAGGAUGUCCUAGCUAGAUGGUCAGAUGGCUUGUUUUAUCUUGGAACUAUCAAAAAGAUAAACAUAUUGAAACAGAGCUGCUUCAUCAUCUUUGAAGACAGUUCUAAAUCCUGGGUUCUCUGGAAGGACAUCCAAACAGGAGCCACUGGAAGUGGGGAGAUGGUCUGUACAAUAUGCCAGGAAGAGUAUUCAGAAGCUCCCAAUGAAAUGGUUAUAUGUGAUAAGUGUGGCCAAGGAUAUCAUCAGUUGUGUCACACACCUCACAUUGAUUCCAGUGUGAUUGAUUCAGAUGAAAAAUGGCUCUGUCGACAGUGUGUUUUUGCAACAACAACAAAGAGGGGUGGUGCGCUUAAGAAAGGACCAAAUGCCAAAGCAUUGCAAGUCAUGAAGCAGACAUUACCCUACAGUGUGGCAGACCUUGAAUGGGAUGCAGGUCAUAAAACCAAUGUCCAGCAAUGUUACUGCUAUUGUGGAGGCCCUGGAGACUGGUAUUUAAAGAUGCUACAGUGCUGCAAAUGUAAGCAGUGGUUUCACGAGGCUUGUGUGCAAUGCCUUCAAAAGCCAAUGUUAUUUGGAGACAGGUUUUAUACAUUUAUUUGCUCUGUCUGCAGUUCUGGACCUGAAUACCUCAAACGUCUACCAUUACAGUGGGUAGAUAUAGCACACUUAUGCCUUUACAACCUAAGUGUUAUUCACAAGAAGAAAUACUUUGAUUCUGAACUUGAGCUUAUGACAUACAUUAAUGAAAACUGGGAUAGAUUGCACCCUGGAGAGCUGGCAGACACACCAAAAUCUGAAAGAUAUGAGCAUGUUCUGGAGGCAUUAAAUGAUUACAAGACCAUGUUUAUGUCUGGGAAAGAAAUAAAGAAGAAGAAGCAUUUGUUUGGGUUGCGAAUUCGUGUUCCUCCUGUGCCACCAAACGUGGCUUUCAAAGCAGAGAAAGAACCUGAAGGAACAUCCCAUGAAUUUAAAAUUAAAGGCAGAAAGGCAUCCAAACCUAUGUCUGAUUCAAGGGAAGUAAGCAAUGGCAUAGAAAAAAAAGGAAAGAAAAAAUCUGUAGGUCGUCCACCUGGUCCAUAUACAAGAAAAAUGAUUCAGAAAACUGCUGAACCAUCUUUGGAUAAGGAAUCAAUUUCAGAAAAUCCUACGUUGGAUUUACCUUGUUCUAUAGGGAGAACUGAGGGACCUGCACAUUCAUCUAAUACCUCAGAUGUGGAUUUCACGGGUGCUUCCAGUGCAAAAGAAACUACCUCGUCUAGUAUUGCCAGGCAUUAUGGUUUAUCUGACUCCAGAAAAAGAACUCGUACAGGAAGAUCGUGGCCUGCUGCGAUCCCUCAUUUACGGAGGAGAAGGGGUCGUCUUCCAAGAAGAGCACUCCAGACUCAGAACUCAGAAAUUGUAAAAGACGAUGAAGGCAAAGAGGAUUACCAAUUUGAUGAACUCAACACAGAGAUUUUGAAUAACUUAGCAGAUCAGGAGUUACAACUCACUCAUCUAAAAAACUCCAUUACCAGUUAUUUUGGUGCUGCAGGUAGAAUAGCAUGUGGUGAAAAAUAUCGAGUGUUGGCUCGUCGGGUGACACUUGAUGGAAAGGUGCAGUAUCUUGUGGAAUGGGAAGGAGCAACUGCAUCCUGA